AUGCUUGCACUUUUAUCGACACGACAGAUUUCAAGGUUCCCCCUGCGUGAGGGCUUGCUACGGAACUUUACUCGAAAUCUUUCUCUACAUGAAAUUCAUAACCUGAAAAAUAUGAAUCCGACACUACAAAAAUCACAAAAUAUUCAAAUUCCUCUACCCACCCGUUUACGUGCUGCAGCUCCUUCUCUCAAUGAAACUUCGAAGAAAGAACUGGCUCCUACUCGGAGGAUGCCUCGUAAAAACGUAAUUAAAUUGAGUUCAGGUGCGGUGAAUCAUUUGCGAAGCAUGUUGAACGAUCCUUCUAUGAAGGAUAAACUUUUGCGAAUUGGCGUAAAGCAAAAGGGUUGUGCUGGCCAGGCGUAUUCGUUGGAAUACAUUGAACAACCUGAAAAGUUUGAUGAAAUUGUGGAGCAAGAUGGAAUUCGUAUCAUUGUCGCUCGAAGGGCUUUACUGCAAAUUAUUGGGUCUGUAAUGGAUUACAGGGAUGAUGAGUUGCAGUCGCGGUUUAUUUUUACCAAUCCAAAUAUUAAAUCUACCUGUGGUUGUGGAGAAUCCUUCAGCACGACGAAGUAA